AUGAGGCCGAAAGCACUUGAAGCUAUCACAGCUCACAAUACGGAAGAGAAGACGCCAGCUAGGCAACGUACUUCUCCUCACCAAAACCAAGAUACCACGAAUUCCUCGUCCGCAUCCCCAAGAUCAGCGUCAAAUAGUAGCACGAUCAGCACAGACGGCACCUCAGAGGCCACCCCGACCGUCGCAACCAUCGUCUCAGAUGUCGUUGAAACCGUCAAAACCGCCGUCGAUAGCGCUAUCGCCUGGGCCGAACAAAAGGUUGAUAAGCUGAGUGCUGAGCAAGACACUACGGGUCCGUACGCUUCGCCAGCCACUUGCAUGCCAUCUGAUCUCGAUGCUAUUGCCAGCGGCAUUCUUCCGGCUCUGCCAGCUACGAGGCAAUAUGAUGGGGGUGUUGACGAUGGGUUGAAGGAAGCAGAUGGUACUGAGAAGAGUGUGACGACUGGAGAUGGAGAGGACGUACGGAAGUGA